AUGGCUCCCACACUACAGCUGCAGAGGACACUACAGCUGCAGAGGACACUACAGCUGCAGAGGACGCUACAGCUGCAGAGGACGCUACAGCUGCAGAGGACGCUACAGCUGCAGAGGACGCUACAGCUGCAGAUGACGUUACAGCUGCAGAGGACGCUACAGCUGCAGAGGACGCUACAGCUGCAGAGGACGCUACAGCUGCAGAGGACGCUACAGCUGCAGAGGACACUACAGCUGCAGAGGACGCUACAGCUGCAGAGGACGCUACAGCUGCAGAUGACGUUACAGCUGCAGAGGACGCUACAGCUGCAGAGGACGCUACAGCUGCAGAGGACACUACAGCUGCAGAGGACACUACAGCCGCAGAGGACACUACAGCCGCAGAGGACUCUACAGCCGCAGAGGACGCUACAGCCGCAGAGAAGGCUACAGCUGCAGAGGACGCUACAGCUGCAGAGGACACUAUUGCUGCAACAGGACACUACAGCUGCAGAGGACACUACAGCUGCAGAGGACACUACAGCUGCAGAGGACACUACAGCUGCACAGGACACUACAGCUGCACAGGACACUACAGCUGCACAGGACACUACAGCUGCACAGGACACUACAGCUGCAGAGGACACUACAGCUGCAGAGGACGCUACAGCUGCAGAGGACGCUACAGCUGCAGAGGACACUACAGCUGCAGAGGACGCUACAGCUGCAGAGGACGCUACAGCUGCAGAUGACGUUACAGCUGUAGAGGACGCUACAGCUGCAGAGGACGCUACAGCUGCAGAGGACACUACAGCUGCAGAGGACACUACAGCCGCAGAGGACACUACAGCCGCAGAGGACUCUACAGCCGCAGUGGACGCUACAGCCGCAGAGGAGGCUACAGCUGCAGAGGACGCUACAGCUGCAGAGGACACUAUUGCUGCAACAGGACACUACAGCUGCAGAGGACACUACAGCUGCAGAGGACACUACAGCUGCAGAGGACACUACAGCUGCACAGGACACUACAGCUGCACAGGACACUACAGCUGCACAGGACACUACAGCUGCAGAGGAGCAGGAGCAGGACUGAGGGCUACAAGAAGUCAUAUGGUGAUGGCGAAGGUGUUGCAUUCCCUGACCCCACUCACUGCCUGA